UGAUUAGCACAUGGCUAUUUUACGCGCGCAGUUGUUGAAGUGGUUCUUUCGUCGUAAAGUAAUAGCAGUAGAUGAGACAAGUCGUGACUUAUUUAUUUUUACUCACUUAUUCCGGGACAUAAUAUUAUUAAUACCCCUGAAAUUAUAUUCAGACUGUAAUUACUGGGUACUGUACAGAAAUUACGCUAUAUUAUUUUGCUGUGCGAGGAUAUCACUGCCUUACAAACAUUGGUUUUCACACUACAUGAUGGCACCGAAGAGGAAGCAACUUACCGCUACGAAGGUGUCUUCUGAGGAUAGUAAAAGAAAAAAUAAGGCUCCAAUAAAAAAUGAUGAAAGUGAAAGUUCUGAAAAUGAAAAUGAAGAAGUAAAACCUCCAAGCCGUCAAAGUAAAAGAAACAGGAAUAAAGUUAUAACUUACAAAGAUGAAGAUCUUUCAGAGGAUGAAGCAUAUCCAAAGAGAGGAGGAAAGAAUGUUAAGGAAGCAAAGAAUGAUGAUUCAGAUGUGUCAAAUGAAGCUAAUGAAGACCACUCUGGAGGUGAAUUCAAAGCAAAAGCAAAAAAUCAGUCUGUUAGUAAGAAAAAAUCCAGAGCCACCGACAUUGACAAUGAACAAGAUGCUGAUGGAAGUCUUUCAGAAGAAGAAUCUAAAACAAAAAACUCAAAACCAAAAGAAAAGAAAGCUGUACCACCUCCAGCUAAGAAGCCCAAGGUUGAUAAACCACCUUUAAAUAAAACACAGAGUGAUUAUGAAUCUCUUGACUUUUCUAGCAACAGGACAACUUCUGAUGGUAAACUUUGGAACUUGAAAAUUUCUUCUUGGAAUGUUGGUGGACUGAAAGCAUGGGUGAAGAAAAAUGGGAUUGAUUAUUUAAAAUAUGAAGACCCAGACAUAUUUUGCCUACAAGAGACCAAAUGUUCAGAGAGCAAACUGCCACCCGAAGUAAAGGUGGAUGGCUAUCACACAUAUUGGCUUUCAGGAGAAAAGGAAGGUUAUGCUGGUGUAGGUCUGUAUUCCAAGAAAGAACCUAUCAAAGUCACCUAUGGCUUGGGAAAAAAGGAAUUUGAUACUGAAGGUCGUGUCAUUACUGUAGAAUAUGAAAAGUUCUAUUUGGUUGCAGCAUAUGUUCCCAAUGCUGGACGAGGACUUGUAACCCUUCCCAAAAGAAUGAAGUGGGAUCCAGAUCUACGUAACUAUGUUAAGGAGUUAGAUUCAAAGAAACCUGUAAUUUUGUGUGGAGACAUGAAUGUUUCACAUCAGCCUAAUGAUCUUGCAAAUCCAAAGACAAACACAAAGAAUGCAGGUUUCACCCAAGAAGAACGAGAUGGAAUGACAGCAUUGCUUGAAGAAGGUUUUGUCGAUUCCUUCAGGCACUUAUACCCUGAAAAAACAGGAGCUUACACAUUCUGGACAUAUAUGGGCAAUGCUCGUUCCAGAAACACAGGAUGGCGUCUGGAUUACUUCAUCUUGUCACAAAAAUUGAUCCCAAACUUAUGUGACAGUAUAAUUCGGAGUGGGGUUUAUGGAAGUGAUCAUUGUCCCAUCACAUUACUUAUCAAUAUUUAAACAUUUCUGUAUAUCCGUGGUUAAAAUUUUUAACUUUUCUUUGCAGAAUUCUUUAUAUUCCUCCAGAUUUUUUUGGGAAGUAUUUUUACUUCUUUUUAGUUUACGUUUUGUGGGCCAGCAGCCGGUAAUUUAGUUUUAUAUAUGGAGGACCUGGGAAGAUAAAGUUAUUAGAAACAAAUUGGCUAGUAUGUUCCAGACAAGCAAAAAUUGUUUAGUGGUUUAAUUUAUGGUGGUAGUCACAUUUCCUUAUCCAAUGUAUUGCAUUGGAAACAUGAAAUUCUAACAGUAAAUGUGAGCAUUAUCAUACACUCUGAAGGGAACUUUUUAGUUAUCUGAAAUUAAAAAUGAAUAUGUAUUUAUUGUUAGAAACUGCAAGAAAUAUACACGACAUUUAGUAACAUUUUCUAAAACCUCAACUCCCCCAUGUGUUUUCAUGGCAUGGUGCUUAAUUGGGACUUUUACCUACAGAUGGGGUUUGGAUUGGUAAUUUGAUUUAUUGGACACUUUACAGAUCACACAAAGACUAGUAUUGUCAGUUACAGUCCUCACCGCUCUGAUCCCUAGCUCAUGUCCUCACAGGAUGGUAGCCACCUUACACCAACUCCCUACUCUUUUUAACUCUCAUCUCAAAACUCCCGCAAUGGCAACUGGUCCUCGUUAUAUAGCUUCGGAACAGGCUGCACAGAAAACACCGUUUCCAACAGUUGUGCCAUUGUUGCAUGUUACACAGCCAUUACCUAGCAAUGGUUGUUUCUCUGGCUUCACAGUUAUUGCUUCAAGCAAAUAUGCCAUGAUAUGUAUAGUUAUAUUGUGGGAGAGAUAUGUCCCAUCUAUGGCCCCAAACUGUUGGGCACUUAAUGGAUUCCACUUGCCGGUGCAUUUAGGCCGAGGCAAAAAAUAUACUCACCACAGGUUUUAUGUUAUGUUAACUCCUGUAGCAAGUGGACAAGUAUACUUCUGAAAGCAAUUAAUUUUCAUCUGGUAUUUAUGUUUAAAGUUCAAGCUUAUUUCAUCAUGGUUAAGCAUGUAUCUUUACUAGAAGUUUUACAGUACAAGGUUUUACCAUUAUAUUCUCUGCCUUCGUGGUUGAUGGGUUGUAUACAGCCUAUGAUAAAUAGUGAGACAUUUAUUUUCUUUUUUUAUGUGUUUUACAAAUAUUUGUAGUAUUUUAACUCAACACUUUUAAGAACAUAAAUAGCUUGUAUCUUGAUUACCUAAGUUAUAUUUUAAUUCGGAUUACUAAAACCUUGAAACAUUAAUCAGUAUGCCAGUGAAACAGGACAUCAUAGUUUCACUAAUUGUUUUUCCAUUGCUAUAGUACCACAUAUUGUAUUACUAAUUGGCUGUUUAUUUUGAACACCUGAAUUGUGGCAGUCUUUGAACCUGUAUGUUGUUCGUCAUUAUUAAAAAUGUUAAAACCAUGAUGAGAGUACCAGUUAUAUCCAUUUAUCAAAGAAGCCAUCUCAAUCAUCUGCAGGGAGAAUGGUUAGUGAUUGCCUAUAUUCAUCAUGAAAACUUUCAAAUCAUAUCCAUUUAUCAAAGCUAUAUAUUGAGUUUUCUAGGCAGUGGAGCCAUGGAAGAACCUUUGUUGGUGAGUCCAGUCAUUUCCCAGAGACACAUGUAGCUUUCAACUCCUGCAACCAUAUGUGAUCUAUUUUGAUUUGUUUGUUGGACAUCCUGUUGUGUGUAUCAAUAGUAUGUGGUAUAUCCAUCAAUAACAACUUUUUAUUUUCAGUAAUUGAUGUUUAUUGAAAUGUUACUCUGCUACAUGUCUUGGUUGUCUAGACCAGUGGUUCUUAACCUUUUUUUUUCUUGUGGCCCCCCACCCC